AUGAAGCCCCUCCCAGGCCCACACGAGGAGGACCUAGAGAGAAGGCGACAAGCUUCCGAUAUCUGUGUGUUUGCCAGCAACUGUACCUUGCAUGGGCUGGGCCAUGUCUUUGGGCCAGGCGGCCUGACCCUGCGCAGGGGGCUCUGGGCAGGGGCGGUGCUGCUCUCUCUGACAAUCUUCCUCUACCAAGUGGCAGACCGGAUUCAGUAUUAUGGACAAUUCCAACAUGUGACGGUGCUGGAUGAACGGGAGAGCACCAACCUUCAAUUCCCCGCCGUCACCCUAUGCAACCUCAACCCACUUCGACGCUCCCGGAUUACACCCAAUGACCUGCACUGGGCCGGCCCUGCCCUGCUGGGCCUUGAGCCUAGAGAUCAUGUUGGCUAUCUGAAGGCCUUGGGUCAUCCCCCUGCUCCCCCUGGCUUCAUGCCCAGUGCUACUUAUGACCUGGCUGAACUCUAUGACCGGGCUGGCCACACCAUUCAUGACAUGUUGCUGGACUGUAGCUACCGAGGACAGCAUUGUGGCCCAGACAACUUCACUAUGGUCUUUACUAGAUUGGGUCGGUGUUUCACCUUUAACUCAGGAGCUGAUGGAGCUGAGAUCCUCACAACUUUUAAAGGAGGUGCUGGCAAUGGGCUGGAGAUAAUGUUGACAGUGCAGCAGGAUGAAUACCUGCCCCUGUGGAAGGACAGAGAUGAAACUCCAUAUGAAGCAGGGUUUCGAGUGCAGAUUCAUAGCCAAAAUGAGCCACCCACCAUUGAACAGCUCGGUUUUGGGGUUGCCCCAGGCUACCAGACCUUUGUGUCCUGCCAAAAGCAGCAACUGUCUUUCCUACCACAGCCCUGGGGGGACUGUAGCUCUGUGUCUUUGGACCCCGACUUCAUCAUGGAUUCUCCAGAUCUUCUAAACCCAUCUAAUCCCAGCCCCAGCCCUAAUUCAGUCUACAGUCUCGCAGGCUGUCACCAGGUCUGUGAGACUAAAUACUUGUCUCGGAAGUGUGGCUGCCGCAUGAUGUACAUGCCCGGCAGUGCCCCCGUAUGCAGCCCCCAACAGUACAAGGACUGUGCCAGACCUGCCCUCGGCAGCAUGGUGCGGAAGGACUUGAGCUGCCCCUGCCCCAACGCCUGCGCCAGCACGCGCUACGCAAAGGAGCUCUCCAUGGUCCGAAUUCCCAGUCGCGCUUCAGCCAGCUACCUGGCCAAGAAAUACAACCGCAGCGAGCAGUACAUAGCGGAAAAUGUUCUGGUGCUAGACAUCUUCUUCGAGGCCCUUAAUUAUGAAACCGUGGAACAGCAGAAAGCCUAUGAAGUGGCUGAUCUUUUGGGUGAUAUCGGAGGCCAAAUGGGGCUAUUUAUUGGUGCCAGUCUGCUGACCAUUCUGGAGAUCCUGGAUUUUCUCUUUGAGGUUUUCCAAGACAGGGUUCUUGGCUACUUUCAAAAUAGGAGGUCACAGAAGAGGCCCAGGGACAGCCUGCUCCAACAAGGACUUGACAUCCACCGAAGCCCAGGACCCCACCUCACCUCUAUCCCCAGGCCUCCCACUCCACCUUGUGCUGUCACCAGGACUGUUUCUACUUCACACCGGACCUGCUACCUGGUCACUCGACUCUAG